AUAAACUAUAAUUGAUAUUAAACAAAUAUCGAUAUCUUGGAUAUCGAUAUUCGUAUUAAUUCAGUAAUCUGAAUUGUUAUCGAUUAGUUAUUUUAAUUUGACAGACACUUUUUUCUCUCUUUUUGUCUUAGCUACGAAGACGAGAUGGCGGCCCAUAAAACAUUCAGAAUCAAGCAAAAGCUUGCCAAAAAGUUGAAGCAAAAUCGUUCCGUGCCACAAUGGAUUCGUUUGCGCACAGGAAAUACCAUUAGAUACAAUGCCAAGAGGCGCCACUGGAGACGCACUAAGUUGAAGUUGUAAACUUCAUUGCAGAGAAAUUUCGGUACCAUCUGCUUAAGGCAAUGUUUGCUGAUAGUUUUAUUAUUUGCAAGCUUCUACAAUCAUUCUUGUUUGCAGUGUAAAUGUGUGUCGAGAAAAAUAAUAUAAUAAAAUCAUGUCUAUGAUUUAAAAAAAAAAA